UCAAGUGGUACUCAGUAUAAAUAUACGCCCAACUUAGCAGCAAACAUACAAUUCAUAGCUUACACUUUGAAGGAACAACAUGCAUUUCCAACUCUUGACCGUCGCUUUGGCUCUGCUGGGCUGUGCUACCGCCUCACACGUUGCCUAUGGUGGUGAUGCUCUUAGCGGCUCCUAUCUGGCCCCAGCUCGUGGCUAUAAUCCAGUGGUCUCAGUGGUGCCAGCCGUGCAUCAGCGCGCUGCCUACUAUCCCCAAGCCCAGGCCGUGUAUCCCCGUUCCCAAGUUGUGUCCCAUGUUGUAUCCCAACCCCGUGUUGUUGUCCAGCGUCCCGCAUACGUGCAGUCCGCCCAUGUGCCCGCCUACACCACCAGCCAUGUGACUCGCCAUGUUGUGCCUCAGGUGAACACCUACCGCACCUACGCCGCCCCCGCUGUCCACCAACAGGUCUACGCCGCCCCAGCUGUCCAGCGCGCUGUCUACACCGCCCCAGCUGUCCACCGCGCUGUUGCUCCUGUGUACUCCACUGGUCUGGUCGCCGGACACGGAAUCCAUGGUGGCUUGGCUCGCACCUAUCUGCCACCCAACGCCGAGUACCGUAAAUAAGCCGUAAAUAGACAGAGCAGCACAUCCAACUGGUUUUUGCGGUUUAUCCCACACCGCAAGCACUCAGAUUGAGAUUCAUUCAAAUGCAAAUGCCGCGGCCAAGAAGAAAUGUUCAACUUGAUUAGCAUUUUACCGAAACCAAACGCAUAA